AUGGGGGCAAUCUGCACAACACUCCGGCCCGAUGCUGUGAUUUUCGUCCGGACUGGCGACAGGGCCAUGGCUGGGACGGACGCCAAUAUCAAAGUCAUACUUCACGACGAUUCCGGAAAGCAGUCUAAGGAAAUCAUGCUGGACAACUACUUCAAGAACGAUUUCGAAACAGGCUCUCUGUGCAAGUUUAAAAUCCGCCUAGGCCAUGACGAAGCUCUGCUUGGACCCGCAAAGAUGAUAGAGUUCUGGCGAGACACCAGCGGGCUUUGCUCAGGGUGGUAUGUCGACUACAUCAGUGUGAAACAGCGCGGACUGGAUACACCACCACGUGACUUCCCCGUGUUCCGAUGGGUAAAGCCCGGUUACCGAUACAAGAUCGAACUCUACGACACAGCAUUACCACAGGACGACAAACACAAAAAUCAGCGACAGGGAGAAAUACAAGACAAGCAAAAAUUGUAUCAACUUUCUCUCAAGGCUCCCGGGAUGCCUGCUCAGCAUGAUCCUGAACAACAACAACGACGAAAUUUGCUCUUGAAAAAGUUAAACUAUACCAACUUCGACAAGCAGCUCCCGGUCUCCCAUGCCAGGUACUCGUAG